AUGAAGAAUAACUGGACCAACUCGGUCUUCGAGGGGUAUCUAUCGAAGCAGUCCGGGAUCAUGAAAAGUUGGAAAAGGAAAUGGGUCCGUUUAACAAAGACGGACAUUUUUGUCUUCGACAACCCGACUAAGACUUCGCCCAUUCUGACUAUCCCUCUCAAGCGGACAGUAGUCUCCCUAUUGACUUCAAUGGGAGAUUCGUACAUAAAAGUCGACUCCAAACAACUCCAAAAGCAAUAUAUCUUUAACGCUCCAUGUAAAGACCAAGCCGAGCGUUGGGUCACUGCAAUCAACAAUACUAUCGAUUCUUCCUUGACACGGCCUGAUGGGAUGAAACAAGUUGUUCAUGUCGACUUCGAUGCAAAUCUUGGGUACAUUGGUCUUCCAGAAGGGUGGGAGAAGUACUUAACCGACGGUGGUAUUACUAUGGAAGAUUACAACAAAAACAGAGAAGUCGUGAAGGAUGUCUUGAACUUUACAAUACAGAACACGUCCACUGGGAAAGACAAAAACCUUCCGCCCCCAUCGACCGAAAUUAAACAACCAAAGGCAAUGGUCGACCCACUUCCGGAAGACGUCGAAAAGGUCACUUUGAAGGAAGUCACCAACGAACAAGACCCCCGUGACUUCUACUCCGACUUUGAGAAGAUUGGUGAAGGUGCUUCUGGUGAAGUCUUCUCUGCGAAGAGAAAAGCGGACGGCAUUGUAGUUGCUUUGAAACAGAUGGAAGUCAACCAAGACAACGAGAAGCUGAUUGCGACAGAAAUAUCGUUGAUGAAAGGAUGUAAACACCCCAACGUCGUCACUUUCUAUGAGGCGUUUUACUUGCCUGCUAAAAAGUUGAUGUGGAUGUCGAUGGAAUUCAUGGACGGGGGAUGCUUGACGGAUAUAUUAGAGAACCACGACACCAUUCAAAUGGGCGAAACUCAUAUCGCCUUUGUCUGCAGAGAAACAUUACAAGCACUUAACUUCAUUCACAACUUGAAUUGCAUUCACAGAGAUAUCAAGUCGGACAAUAUGUUGUUAACUAACGACGGGAAGGUCAAACUGGCUGAUUUCGGAUACGCCGCUCAACUCAAUCAAAAACAAAAGAACAGAAGUACUGUUGUUGGUACUCCAUAUUGGAUGGCUCCAGAGUUAAUCCGUGGGCAUGACUAUGGAGUGAAAAUCGAUAUUUGGUCACUUGGGAUUAUGGUCAUGGAAAUGGCAGAAGGAGAUCCUCCUUAUAUGGAAUUCCCACCACUCAGAGCGUUGUUCUUGAUCACAACAAAAGGUAUCCCACCAUUGAAAAACGCAGACAAAUGGAGUCGUGAGAUGAACAACUUUGUCGGAAGUUGUUUGGAGACUAUUCCGGAAAAUAGAGCAACUUCAGACCAACUCCUUGGACACCCAUUCCUUAAAUCAGCAUGCCAAACGCAAGAAUUUGCACAACUCAUCGCUGAUGUUGCAAAAAUUUCUUAA